ACAAACUCAAGGAGCCAAACGGGGUCUAGCCAACAUAAUGCGAGAAUAGCCUACCUGAAUUAGCUUUUACUUCCAAAACACAACAUUGCUUAAAAUGUUUCCUUUUCCAUGUUAUCACCCCUUGAUCAUAAUUUCCAGUUCUGUCUUUCCUUAUUUAAGAACAUUGAUACAUAUUUGAAUUGAUCAAUUCAUUGAGUUAGCAUUAGGCUUAGUUUGAUAGCCAGCAGUGAUUUGCGUUAAAAUCGUUCUAGCUAUCCGGAAUCUUUGGGACGACCCUACCCCAUUGAAGUUUACAUUUCAAAGGGUUAGGUUUAGGACAUUGCGACGUUUGCGGGUCACUACUUUCUCUCGUCAUCAUUCUGCGACAUCUCUACUAGCGCUAUAAAAAACACAACAUAAACUCCCAAACAAAUUAAACGUUGCUGAUUGCAUGUGGAUAGUAAAAAAUCGAUGUUGACACGUAGCCAUACCAGGUAAGCUGAACCUAUAUCACCAAAUGUAGAUCGAUGAUCUUAUGUGGGCUUGGGCUUUGAAAAAAGUGCGUGUUUUCCUCUGUUGGCUAACGUUAGCAUCCGAACCUAAGAAAUACACUGACGUUCGUUAGCUAGUUAGUCAUAAGUUUAUGUAGCUAUGUGCCAGAUGCCGUAAAUUGCCAAAGAGAAAUUGCAACAACUAUAGGCAAGCCUUUCAUGUGACUAACAGUUACAAUUUUGCAUGUCAAGGCAAGCUAACUUAGCUGACUAGCUCGCUGAGUUGAUUACAUAACAUUUCUGAUACCACUAGUAUCGUAUUCGUAACAGCGUGUAACGUUGGUUAGCGUUCAAAUUGUUGAUGCGAUUCUUCUGGGAACUUCGACAUUGGCGUAAGCUAACGUUUGAUGGAUAAUCAUAUCAAUGCCGUGAUAGGGAACAGUCCUGACUAGCCACAUAAUGAACUUAAGUACCUUAACGACCCUGGGUUUAUAACCGCGGAUAUUGACUCUGCCGGGUGCUUUUGCGGCACAGUAGAUAGUCCAACGACCUUAUGUACGUUUUGAAGGGCAAUUGGCUCUGGAAACAAAUAAACAGACAAAUACGCCAUCUAAACGUGAAUUGAUUCUCAAUUGGCGGUACGAUUCUAGAAACAUAAAUCCCUUGACUUUCAUUUCACAAAUGCAAAAUACACACGUCACUGUACACUUUUUGCAGCCGACAGUAUUUUUCAAUGACCACGUUUACAUGCACACCAAUAUCCUGUUAUUAUUCUGGAUACUCUUUUGUCAUAACUUGUUGCCCCAGAAGACUAAAUAUAGUAGUGCUCACCAUAAUAAUGUCUUACAUCUAUAGAAUUAAUGCAUUGGUAAUCUAGUUAACACCUGUAAAGUUGUCUGUUUCGUUUUAGGGACGGGAAGAAAACGGAAUACAGAAAGAUUGGUCCUGUGCAAAAUGUUAGUCGUCAGUUUGAAAGGUUUUAAGGAAAUGAAAAGAGAGAACGACACACGUUUAUGAUAAGACUUAAGUGUGUCUAGGGUGCAUAUUUUAUGUGGUUGAAAUACUGUCUGGUUCCAUAAGUGUAAAAGAUAACACAUUAUACAGGCAUUCACAUUUUCUCAAGAGAUGCUGAAGUAAUAAAUAACUUCUCCUGUGUCCAUAUUUAAAUUACUAUUCAAUUUAACCCAUAUGAUCUUAAAUUAGGAAUAUUCUGUUUAUUCAUGAAUACUGGAAUACUAUUGAGCGGGAUAUCAAAGGUGCAUGUAAAUAGAUUAUCCCGAAUAAGACCUUAAGUGGGAUAUGAGCUACUAGCUGGAAUACUGGGCACAAUGUAAACGUUGUCAGUGACAACACGUUUGUGGUGUACACAGGUGUUCGGAGAUGCAUAUAUAGCUAAUUAGCACAGAUAGUCCACUCACAGAAAUGUUUGCAUUUACAACAUCUCGCUUUCCUUAAGAAAAUAUAAUUUUCCUUUACGGCAGCAAGUUCAGGAUGACUGAAUUAAGUGACAUUUAACUUUCGGUUGUAUCAAUGUAAAUAGUUGGUUAGAAAAUACAUUCCACAUGAGAGGAGCACUGAGAAGGAGCACCAGUAUUGGCAAGCAUGGAGAGGCCUGAGAUGGCCAGACUUGUAAAUUGGGCUAAAGAAAAGAGAGUUGGAUUUUGGAGAAAUGUCAUCAGUGCAUGCUCCUCAAGCAAUACAGUCCGGUUUGGCUCCAGGAUGACAUGCCGGAGGGGGCUUUUUAAAUCCAUCGGGGGCGGGCACAACUUGAAUUGCUUUAGAACCUAAAUAAAUCCACAUGAGGACUGGUGGCCCAAGAGCACUUAUUAAAACAGCAGUAACAUCGAUUCAGUACCAUGGACAGAAGGCUACCGCGCGAUGACCUCACACUCAACAAAACAAAGGAGAUGAUCGUGGACUUUAGGAAACGGCAGAGGGAGCACCUCAUCCAUAUCGACGGGACAGUAGUGGAGAAGGUGGAAAGUUAAGGUCCUCGGCGUACACAUCGGCAACUGUUCCUCCCACAACCGUAAGGCUCUCCAGAGGGUAGUGAGGUCUGCACAACGCAUCACCGGGGGCAAACUACCUGCCCUCUAGGACAACUACACCACUCGAUGUCACAGGAAGGCCAAAAAGAUAAUCAAGGACAACAACCCCCCGAGGCACUGCCUGUUCAUCCCGCUAUCAUCCAGAAGGCCACCCUGCAUAGUGCUGUUCUUUGAGCGCGGUUGGGAUGGGCCAGCAGAUCUCAGGCCAGGCGGUGAUGACCCGUCUACCUGAGAAGCUGGUGAAGCAUGCUGGGCUGGUACGCGACAGCGGCUAUCUCAACUACGAGGAGUUCCUGGCCAGGGUGGCAGAGCUCAAUGACGUGACGGCUAAGCUAGCAGCUGGACAGCAAAAACACCUGAUCUUUGAAGUCCAGACUGGCUCGGACACCUCUGCUCUGUGGAAAGUGGCUGUGAGGAUAGUUUGUACCAAGAUCAACAAAGAGAAUGGGAUGGUGGAGGCGUCUCGCAUCAUGAACCUGUAUCAGUUCAUCCAGCUGUACCAUGACAUCACCAGUCAGGCAGUGGAGGUGCUGUCAGCAGAGGGCGCCAGCCUCCCGUCUGGAACCCUCUCGUCAGGGGACUCCUGCCAGGCCAGCAUGUGGAUGGGCAGGGUGAAGCAGUUAACUGAUGAGGAGGAGUGCUGCAUCUGCAUGGAUGGUAAAUCUGACCUCAUUCUGCCCUGUGCUCACAGCUUCUGUCAAAAGUGCAUUGACAAGUGGAGUGGGCAGAGCAGGAAUUGUCCGAUAUGCCGCUUGCAAGUGACCGCUGCCAAUGAGUCGUGGGUGAUGCCUGAUGCCCCUACAGAGGACGACGUAGCUGGGUAUAUCCUCAACCUGGCUGACGAGGCAGGCCAUCCGCACAUACCUUAAGCUACUCAACACUAAGACACUUUGAUUAACCACUGACAUCAAGAAUAGUUCGGGGAAGGGUUUGGAGUUUUUCGCCAGGUUUUGGGGGUAUGUAGAGAAGAUGGGUUGCUUUAUAGGAAUUUGCCGGUUGUGAUUAUUUCUUUUUGUUCUUUUCCAUAUUUCAAGAUUACUUUUACAUGAUUGCUCUUAAACUUGUGUGUGUAUAUACAGUGCCUUUGAAAGGUAUUCAGCCCCCUUGACUUUUCCCACAUUUUUGUUACGUUACAGCCUAAAAUUGAUUAUGUGUGUGUGAAUAUAUAUAUAUAUAUAUAUAUAAGUCCUCACCGAAAUGCACACAAAACUCUAAUGAAAACAGGUUUAUAAAUUUGAGGUGCCUAUCAUUUAAAAAAAACUGAAAUAUCAUAUUUACAUAAGUAUAAGACUCGAAAUUGAGCUCCGGUGCAUCUUGUUUCCAUUGAUCAUCCUUGCUUGAACUUGCUUGAAGUCCAACCUGUGAUAAAUUCAAUUGAUUGGACAUGAUUUGGAAAGGCACACAUCUGUCUAUAUGCAUGUCAGAGUAAAAACCAAGCCAUGAGGUUGAAGGAAUUGCCUGUAGAGCUCCGAGACAGGAUUGUGUCGAGGCACAGAUCUGGGGAAGGGUACCAAGACAUUUAUGCAGUAUUGAAGGUCCCUAACAACACAUUGGCCCCCAUCCUUCUUAAAUGGAAGAAGUUUUGAACCACCAAAACUCCUAGAGCUGGCCAAACUGAGCAAUCGGGGGAGAAUGGCCUUGGUCAGGGAGGUGACCAAGAACUCGAUGGUCACUGACACUGCUCUAGAGUUCCUCUGUGGAGAUGGGAGAACCUUUCAGAAGGACAAACAUCUCUUCAGCACUCCACCAAUCAGGCCUUUAUGGUACAGUGGCCAGACGAAGCAACUACUCAGAAGGCACAUGACAGCCCACUUGGAGUUUGCCAAAUGACACCUGAAAGACUCCAGACCAUGAAAAACAAGAUUGAACUCUUCGGCCUGAAUGCCAAUCGUCAUGUCUGGAGGAAAGCUGGCACCAUCCUUAUUGUGGUGGCAGCAUCAUGCUGUGGGGAUGUUUUUCAGCGUCAGGGACUGGGAAACUAGACCGGAUCGAGGGAAAGAUGAAUGGAGCAAAAUGUAAAGAUCCAUAUGAAAACCUGCUCAGGACCACAGACUGGAGAGAAGGUUCACCUUCAAACAGGACAAUGACCCUAAACGCACAGCAAGACAAUGCCGGAGUCCCAAUGUCCUUAAGUGGCCCAGCCAGAGCCCGAACUUGAACCCGAUUGGACAUCUCUGGCGAGAGCUGGAAAUAGUUGUGCAGCAAUGCUCCCCAUCCAACCUGAAAGAGCUUGAGAGAAUCUGCAGAGAAGAAUGGGAGAAUCUCCCUAAAUACAGGUGUGCCUAGCUUGUAGCUUCAUACCCAAUAAGACUCAGGGAUGUAAUUGCUGCCAAAGGUGCUUCAACAAAGUACUGAGUAAAGGAUCUGACAACUUAUUAAAUGUGACAUUUCAUUCUUUUUAGGAAUUAGCAAAAAUGUCAACUGUUUUUGCUUUGUCGUUUAUGGGUUAUGAUUUGGAAAGGCACACGGGACAAUUUAAUCAGUUUUAGAAUAAAGCUGUAACCUAACUAAAUGUGAAAUCUCUGAGUACUUUCUGAAGGCACUGUAUAUACAGUACCAGUCAAGUUUGGACACACCUACUCAUUCAAGGGUUUUCCUUUGUUUUUACUAUUUUUUUACAUUCAACUAUGACAACACAUGGAUUCAUGUAGUAACCAAAAAAGAAAUCAAAAUAGAUUUUAGAUUCUUCAAAGUAGCCACCCUUUGCCUUGACAGCUUUGCACACUCUUGGUGUUCUCUCAACCAGCUUCACCUGGAAUGCUUUUCAAACAGUCUUGAAGGAGUUCCCACAUAUGCUGAGCACUUGUUGGCUGCUUUUCCUUCACUCUGUGGUCCAACUCAUCCCAAACCAUCUCAAUUGGGUGGAGGCUAGGUCAUCUGAUGCAGCAUUCCAUCACUCUCCUUCUUGGUCAAAUAGCCCUUACACAACCUGGAGGUGUGUUGGGUCAUUGUCCUGUUGAAAAACAAAUGAUAGUCCCACUAAGUGUAAACCAGAUGGGAUGGCGUAUCGCUGCAGAAUGCUGUGGUAGCCAUGCAGAUUAAGAGUUCCUUGAAUUCAAAAUCAAUCUGUGUACCAGCAAAGCACCAUCACACCACCUCCAUGCUUUACGGUGGGAACCACGUGUGGAGAUCAUCUGUUUACAGAUUUCCACUGGUCUCAUGUCCAUUGCUCGCGUUUCUUGGUCCAAGCAAGUCUCUUCUUCAUAUUGGUGUCCUUGAGCAGUGGUUUCUUUGCAGCAAUUCGAACAUGAAGGCCUGAUUCACGCAGUUUCCUCUGAACAGUUGUUACUGUUACUCUGUGAAGCAUUUAUUUGGGCUGCAAUUUCUGAGGUGCAAUUAACGCUAAUGAACUUAUCCUCUGCAGCAGAGGUAACUCUGUGUCUUCAUUCCCUGUGGCGGUCCUCAUGAGACGGUUUCAUCAUAGUGAGUGAUGGUUUUUGCGACUGCACUUGAAGAAAUGUCCAAGUUCUUUACAUUUUCCAAAUUGACUGACCUUCAUGGCUUAAAGUAAUGAUUGACUGUCAUUUUCUCUUUGCUUAUUUGAGCUGUUCUUGCCAUAACAUGGACUUGGUCUUUUACCAAAUAGGGCGAUCUUCUGUAUACCACCCCUACCUUGUCACAACACAACCGCUUUGGCUCAAACACAUUAAUAAGGAAAGAAAUUCCACAAAUGAACUUGCAUUCCAGGUGACUACCUCAUGAAGCUGGUUGAGAGAAUGCCAAGAGUGUGAAAAACCCUGGAAUGAGUAGGUGUGUCAACUUCUGACUGGGGUGUGUGUGUACACAAUUUCUCCACAAUAAUAUAUAAACCAAGCACAUUGUAUCAGUUUCAUUAUACCUACUCUUAUAAUUGCACUUUGAAUAGUAGUAGAUGUUUUUAUAGGCACCUCGAACUGCUGUGGAAAUGUCCAUUAAUCACACAACUUCUGUACUUUAUUUUUUAUUUUUUUUUAUCCUAUAACACACUCAAUGGUUUGCUAUUUGAUGAAAUGUGAAAAUUUAAGUACAAUAAAUCUCAUGGAUGCUUCAGCCACGAUAAUCUUUAUAUUUUCUCCUCAAUGUUAGUUAGAUGAGGUGAUGUCUCCCCAAAAAUGUAGCGUUUAGUUUAAAUAUGAAUCAGUAAAACAAAAAUGUAAUCGUUUAUCAAAAUAAUUUCUAUAUCAUGAGUACUUAAGCAAGGGCAGUGCAUUGGAUGUUUUAAAUAUUUAACUUUUUAUUACGUGUGAGGCUGAGUGAAUGUUAAAAUAGUACUACAUAAUAUAUUUGGAAUGUGUUAUUCCCAUUAGGGAACUGAAGAUUUGAGCUGUAUGUACUUUACUCAUGACUGGCUGGUACUAUACUGAACAAAAAUUUAAACACAACAUGUGAAGCGUUGGUCCCAUGUUUCAUCAGUUUAAAUAAAAGAUCCCAGAAAUUGUC